AUGGCCACAUGGAGGGAACUAGGGGAGGUCCCAGAUUCGGACGAUGACGGAGACUUCGACAACUAUGGGCAGGCACACGAUUCGACACUCACCUGUUCCUUUAACUUGGACCAACACAAUGGAGCCGCUCCUUCGACAUCGCAGGCGGUCCCGACCCACGGAUUGCUGUCCCAAGCUAAGAACACAAGCCAGAGCAUGUGUGAUAUUCCCGCAUCCUCACCGAUCGGAGAUGCUCCAAUGGUGGCGCCCUUGCCCGAGCGGCCAUCUACUCCCCAGCCUCGAGUGCACAUGGCCAUGCCGCCGGCGUCGUCUCCCCUCUCCUCAGCCCCGGACGAUGAUGAGCUUGCCGAUAUGUUCUCAGAAGGACCAUACCGAGCUGCCGCUUCCGCAAUCUCGAAGCCGUCGCGUGUCGUUGUGUCCGCACGCGGCGAUUCACCAGACCCCCUCGGCUUCGAGACUGACGAUGUAUCAGCGGGACUUGUUGAGCUGACUGAGCCUCUACCCGAAUUCCUCUUCGAUCGAGAUCAUGCAACGCCGGUCCUCCCACCUGUUUCUACGCAACAUCUCCGUCGUCAACAUUCGGCUCCCCCGAGUCCCGAAACCGCCUCGGCCAUAGCCGCUGCUGUCACGGCCGCACAGCGCUAUGAGCGCUCAUUACGUCCGAGAAAACCUAUACAAGAGCAUCCGUACAUGAUCGAGAGCGCACAGUACAACAAAGCUCUGAAGGCCCGCGGCAUCAAACCCGUUCGCAUGCUGGAGGAGGCGCAUGCUCGAGGCAGGAACAAGACACCAGAAGAGGAUUCGCAAGAGCAAGAGUUUCAAGAAGAAAGUCAGAAUACCGUCAGUGAACACCAGGAGCGGUUGUGUGAGGAGAGUCAGUCGCUGCUGCAUGAAUCAUUGGACUACUCGGCUCCUUUACCGACGUUCCCCUCGCCUUCCACUGCCAAGACGUCGUCUCAACCACCACGGAAUACCUCAAGCAGUCCUCGCAGCGUUUCACGCGAGACGAAUGUCACGAGCCCGUUCAUCGACUGCGAACAUCACGAGAGCGACCAGGAGAGCGAUGAGUUGCCGUCUUUGAAACAGCUGUUGACUGCCCAGACGCCAUCCUUUCCCGUGAAGAGACAUCCAUCAUCCCUCCUGACCUCGUCACGGAAGUCGACGAAGAAAUCUGCUUCGCACAUCAGCCUCGAGCCGACCUCUACCAACUUACAUUCGGUGCACGCUCCGCACAUCAAGUUUCGUCAGCCUCGGCCGCUACCACCCGCUGCCCUCAAGGCAAAAAAUCGCCCUCUUGAAAGCCCUAGUGUGAAUCUUUCAGCGGCUUCUCAUGCGGAUGAUGCCUCAGAUUCCGAGGUUAGCGAGGAAUCCAACAGCACUCCAAAGCAUGGCAAAGAACUCGUGGCGUUUGGACGCAGAGCUCGAGGAGUCCUUCCAGCGUCUCAUUUCAGGCUAGACCGACCGAGGCAGCAGCCAAAGCCUCAUCGAGCUGCUCAUGCUCGGGCGAUGCCGCCUGACCCGACUCAACGACGCGGCAUCGCCAUGCCGAGAACGAAGACAACAUCGAAUCAGUCGCCGUCCACACCGAUUUUCCCUUUUGACCUAUUCGACGACGACGAGUCUGAGGCGGAAUCUUUGCAAACUCCCAAACCGAGGACCGAGAAGCGUUACUCGCAACAGAUCCUGCACAUCGUAGAUGAUGAUGAUGAUGAUGAUGACAUGUCUGUGGUUGAGGAUAACGAGAUUGAUCAUAUGGUACAACGACCCAAACGCCAGCUGACCCAAUCUAUCUCGGGUGCAAGUUCUGCGAAAAGACGAAAAUUGGACCAGUCUGGUGCCAGACAGCGUCAGCAACCGACCAUCACGAGCCACUUUGGUUCAGGCAACGGUACUUCCGCAAAAAGGCAGAAACCACCACGACGAAGUCAGAAUAAAGACAAGUCAUCAAGGAGAGCUUCGAAGAAGAAGUCUCAAAGGACGUACAAUCCACCUCGACUGGGCAUUCUAGACGUUAUUGAGCCAGAGGCACCACGAUUCUUAAGGCUUGCCGCCCGCACUGUGAAGAGCAAAGCCCAGCGAGGAAGAUCCAGCCCAAGUAGGAAAACAAUAUGCCUGGGUACCAGGGAGGAUCAGCUCGAUGCUGGUAGGGUCCUGCAAGAUUGGAUCGGUGGCGAAAUUCAUCCUCGGCACUCGGUCACAAGCCCCUCGACCGCCAUUCAAGGUUCCGACCGGCAACCGUUGGCUCAUAUCUCACAUAAUGGCGCUGCUUUGGGUUCAUCUGAGUCGCACGAUACUCCGACAGACUCCUCAAGCAGAAUCAUACAGCCAAAACGCAAUGCUACCGCAAAGAACCCGUCACGCAUGUUGCCGAGAAGCAGAGCUGCCAGUGUCCGGCCUGCCCAAUUCGAGGCGGAUGUGAUGAAUGAGGCUGGCACAGUAAACUUUCAAACAAAAAAGAGGGUGCUGGAUGCCAUCUAUCGUCGCGGAGCACGUCCUCGGUCCGUGUCCCAGAGUACCAUAUCUCUCAUGACCAGAGACAAUGAUGGACCUUUGGUCAUAGAAGAAACCGAAUCCGCAGUGCGCAAGGAUGCUUCGCUGAACGUGGCAAAGUCGUCGCGGAGGAGGUUGAAGAAGACCGAGAAGCCUACUCGAGUGGACACACGGGCGCCCCAGUACCGACAUGCGCAUGAUCCUCUUCCUAGCGGACCCCGAACAGACGGACACAUCAGUGCUGCAGAUCUAGGCGUCGACCAAUUGCUUGGCCUGGCGCCUUUUGGCGCCCAUUAUAGUGAGCAUUUUGAGAUUUUCCCACUGCAAAGGGGGGUCUUCUUUCAUGAAGAGACGCUUCUUGGUAGUGGAUGCUUCCAAGCUUCACUCGCCCCCGGCUUGCUGGAGAAGAUCAAGCAGCCGCGGCCCCGAAUCCACUUCAAUCUCAGCGGUCAACCUCUGAAAUGGGGCCUAUGGGAUGAACAAGUCUCGUCUGAAUUGGGAAUUCUUAUUGAUGCAAUCUGUAAUCAUCUCACUGAGACAGGUUCUGAUGUCGAUUCGGGCUUCGACACCAAGGAUGCUGCAAGGUUCAUGCGCACAUACGUGCAAGAUAGCCUCAGUGUUACUGAUGAUACAAAGUUAGGAAUGUUCUUGUCUCGACUGCUGCUUGUUUUCGAAGGCUUUUUCAGCCGCUUCAAAGUUCAAGCAAUAUUCUUGGACCAAAGGAAGACAACAAAGACACUAGAGGUGCUGUCAGAAUUCCUCAUCAUCGUGCUCUGUAGCCAUUCGAUCUGCAGAGAUCGAGCUUCCAUGAUUCCGCAGAUUAUGGGGCUCGAGAACAUUCUACGUGAAGUCGUAGCCGCUUCUGUGGCCUGUCUUCUACACAUAGGGACGGCGUCACUGGUCACUGCUUAUGGCAGCCUCCAGCAACUAACAAACCGGGAACGUGGUAUUCGAGCCGACAACAUUGUAGCACAGACCUGGGUCAUGCUAAUGAGAGCACUCGGGCAAUUGCGAAUACCCCGGAUGUCGUUCUGGGAUGUCACAUUCUCGGUCUUGAUCAAGGGCGAAGAUAAGACCAGCCUCGAUGUACAAAGAUUCGAGCAACUUUGGGAAACGAUGUUCACACUGCUUCCCCUGUGCGAGUUUGAUUCAUCUGGCAUACUCGUCUCCGAAUCCCGGCACAGUGUCGCUAUGGACGGCUGGGCUUUGCCUCAGCUUGCCCUGAAGCGAGUCUUCCAGUUGUAUAAAGCAAACAAUCGACAACCGCCUGGGUUUAACGAUUACUGUAGAACCAUCACUGGAUCCGACAGAGAGAUUCGCAACCUCGUCGCGCGGACUCUACCGAAUCACGACCGCCAGUACCUCAAGGAGCAGAAUGUUCACCAGCAUGAUCUUGCUGCUCUUCGCAACCAUCAUGACCUUCUCUGUACCCUCUUUUGGGCGACACCUGCUGAGUUGCGCCCCAGCACACUUCUUGCUCUUUUGGAGAAGCUUGUUGUCCCUUCAAGUUCUCACAAGGAAGCUUGCCUCAUAAACCUCAAGGCCUGGGCCCAACUGGCAAGGUUUGUGGUUCACAAGGAAUCAGUGGCAGCGUUCAGGCCAUUUCAUCUCUGGCAGGGAAGCGCUUUUCAACAACUUCUGGACCAGUACGACUCGACAGCUUCGGACAUACAGCAACAGUUGUCGUCCAUGUCCAAAGAUGGUAGUCACGGCAUCGACCAGAAUUUCAUCAACGGCAUCAUAGCCAGUAACAAGUCUGCCACCAUGGAAGUCAUUCGGUAUUCCGUGACGAUCUCGCUCGAUGUUGCGAAUUUACUCAAGGAUGCUGUCGCGACUGUCGAUGUUUUCUUGGUUCAUGUCGAGAGGGCCCUUGGCCGUGCUCAAACAGAGAACAAUGCGGCGGGGCUUGAAGACGGCAUCAUGAAGAUAGACAAUGAUCUCACUGCGGACUUCUACGCAAUGGCCAGAGGCAUGUUGCAGACUAGCUCGACAGGCGAUCACUCCCCACAGACGAUUUCCAAAACGGAGGAAGCAAGGGAGCAGGUUGUGACGGUAGCUGGCCGAUUGGCUGCAAUUUUGAUCCGAUGUGGCACUAUUGUGAGCCUUUGUCCAUUCAGUCUUGUUCAACUGGCUAACCACUACAUGCAGCGUCUAUCACGAUGUUUCAAGACCAAUCAACGCAGCAAGGCAGGGAAACAUGAGCUCUUCGAAGGGCUGCCAAGUCAGCUUGGCCCGCUGCAGAGUCGCUAUCUCCCCCUUUUCCUCGCCAACCUACACAAGGAAUUAGAUCUGACGGACGUUGGCGUAUCAGUUCUGCAGUUGUGGCUGCUCUCUCUCACCAAACCCAGAGAUGAUAUGCUCUUCGAGCAUCAAUUUGCGUUGAGCCUGAAGAAGCUGAAGUAUCCUUUCUUGCCCGCAGAGAGCGAUAUGUUGAGACAUGCAAAUUACGACAUGAAUUGCGACAUGUUAAGAAAGACACUGAUGUGGAUGAGAACGUCCCUACGGAUAUCAUCGACACCUUCACAGAAGAAGUCCAACACAUCCGACUAUUCUGCUGCACUCAAGGCAGUCAUGCAACGGAUCCAGAACGAUUUGCAUGAAAUUUCUGUGACAAACGAUGCACAACACACAAGAUACGUUCAGUUUGUACGCCGCGUUGUGUCCUUGGUCAAGUCCCACACAACGGAAAUCUUUCAAAUUCCGCCCUUCUUCUACCAAGUCAGCAAAGAAUACUCGCCGCCCGUGCAGGACCCACACCUUCAAGUAGACAGCAUCAAAUCGUACGGCCUCCGACUGAACGAGGGCGAUUCCCCGGCGAUGCCACAGUUAUUCUACUACAUGUACAACAACUUCAAACAGGCUCUCUUGCAUGGCAGACUCGGGCACGAGACGCGCAUUCUCGCCAAGGGCAUGAAGGACGAUGCCAUUCUGGGAUUCAUACUCGGCAAGAUGCUGCCGGUGGUCCUCUCAGCUUCGGUUAUGAAGCCCGAGGCUUUCGUCCUAUUCGACACGUAUUGCGAGGCCAUCAGGCUGCGAUUGGAUGCCGUGGCUGCUCGACAGAUGGAUCAAUCCCGCGCGCAGCUUCCCACGCUGUUUCGGGCCAUGAUGCGAUGGAUUCGCGGGGUCCGGUGUUUGAAUGAUGGCAUCCUCUGCGUAGAGCACUUGCACCUCUUUCGAAAGAUGGUCGUAUUACUGGCCAUGCUCCAACCCACCUUGACGGCGGCAUCAUACGACACUUCAGCACCUGCUGCUGCCUGGUCGGCCAUGCAGCAAGCGCUAAGCUGCUGGUCAGAAGCCACGAAGAACGCGGAGUCCCGCCUCGCAUCCAGUCUCGCCGAUCCGUACGAGGAUGACGUGUCCGCCGGCCUAUUUCAGGACGUUAUCAUGGAAGACGGGUUUGUCGGCGAGGACGAAACUUUGGUGGCCAGCCUGGCGAGGGGCACCAUUACGGACUUUGAGAGAAACUGGCUGGUGACGGCCGAGCUGAUCGUUGCUCAGGCACCCGCGCGAGCCACGCAGGCGGGGCAGGGGCUGGCGAGGCCGCACUGGGACAUGAAAGAGCUGGGACAGAGUCUUCUGCGUGAGUUGCAGAGGUGGAACGCGUGGUGGGCCAGGUGCAGGGCGCACAUGCAGGACGAGCUCGUCAGUGAGGCAGAGGAGAUGAUGUUAUUGUAG